AUGCUGCCCACCAACAUCUUCAAUUUGGCCACCGCUGGCUUGCUUUCCUCGUUCGUGCCCUUGACCAACGCGGUUCCCACCCACAAAGAUGGCGGCCCCCUAGUACCCAACGCCGAGCUGCUGUUCCAGCUCAAGAUGACGCUGGGGCAGUCCGUCAACUUUGGCGUUGGCCCACGAGGCAACAGGUUUUCUGACCCGAUCACUGGAGGGAAUUUCGAAGGGCCGAAGCUCAACGGUGUCGUGCUUCCCGUCGGUGCCGACUGGGGCCUCCUCGAUGGCCGAGGCCAAUUCGAGGCAAUCACGCUGUUUCAAUUCCAAACCAACGACGGCGCCAAUAUUUUCGUCCGCGCUGAGGGACCUGCACCGAACGGCAAGGGCAUCUUGUAUCUGACGCUUGAGACCGGUGUCGAUGCGUACUACUGGGUCAAUCAACUGAUGAUUGUCGGAGUCACCAAUGUCGAGAGAGACCAAGGGUUUGUGACUAUCGACGCUUGGGUGUUGUCGCGUGCCGACGCGGACUAG